GAAAACAAUCACUGCUUCUCUCUCCCAGCCAAACAAUUUGGAUAGAGAGAGAGAGAGAGAUACAGUUAUACAUACAUAUAUAUAUAUAGAGUGAGAGAGAAAUCCCUGUAGGAAGAAUGGGCGGGGAGAGGUGGUGCGACUCCUGCAAGGCGGCGGCGGCGGCGGUCUUCUGCGGCGCCGACUCCGCCUUCCUCUGCUCCGGCUGCGACGCCAGAAUCCACGCCGCCAACAAGGUCGCCUCCCGCCACGGCCGCGUCGUGCUCUGCGAGGUCUGCGAGCAGGCUCCGGCCGCCGUCACCUGCAAGGCCGACGCCGCCGUCCUCUGCCACUCCUGCGACGGCGACAUCCACUCCGCCAACCCCCUGGCCCGCCGCCACGAGCGCCUCCCAAUCGCCCCCUUCUACGACGCCGUCUCGCCGUCGUCAAAAUCUGCCGACUUCUCUGAAGAGGAGGCCGCCGAGGCUGCCUCCUGGCUCCUGCCCGACCCGAACUCCAAACCCGACGACGAUGAACCCGGAUCGCCCGAGUACAAGUCCGAAUACUUGUUCUCGGAUAUGGAUCCGUAUCUGGAUUUGGAUUUGAUGAUCUCCGGUGGCCAAAAGGAGCAGCAGCAGGAGGAGGAGGAGAAGCAAUACUCGGCCGACGGGGUUGUGCCCGUGCAGAGCAAGGAUCAUGAAUAUGGAUCGGGUCAGUACCCAGGCCCGGUGGUCGACGGGUACCCGAGCUAUGACCUGGAUUAUCACCACCCUGCUGGCUCCAAGCCUUUCCUAUACAACUUCACUUCACAGACCAUUAGCCAAAGUGUGUCUUCCUCGUCCAUGGACGUAGGCGUGGUCCCGGACCACCACACUAUGGCGGAUGUAUCCAACUCCUUUGUCAAGACCGAGGUCAUUCCGAUGCCCGUCUCCGGGAUUGACCGAGAAGCUCGGGUGUUGAGGUAUAGAGAAAAGAGAAAGAACCGAAGAUUCGAGAAAACCAUAAGGUAUGCCUCGAGAAAAGCCUAUGCCGAGACCCGACCGAGAAUCAAGGGUAGGUUCGCCAAGCGGUCCGAGCUAGAAGUUGAUUCGGGCCUCCUCUUUGCCGAUGCAUCUUACGGCGUUGUCCCGAGUUUUUAGCUACCAUUUUGGUAGCUAAUGCAUGUGUGUAUGUACGUGCGUGUGUGUGUGUGUGUGUAUAUCGGCUAAUUCGUGUAUAUACUAGUCUUUUUGCUUGAUUGAUAUUUAUAAGGAUGGCUCGUUUUAUAGUUCUUUGGGAUUUUUGGCUUCUUAAGUUUGAUUGUCAAAGUGGUUUUAUUGGUAAUGUUUUUUUGAUGUUAAUGUAUUACUAAAUGUUUGUUGAGUGAUGA